UGUAGCAACUGUCAGACGACAGCGACGCCGCUUUGGCGGCGAGACGGUAAAGGCGGUCUUUUGUGUAACGCUUGUGGGCUCUUCGUCAAGGUAAAAGGUCGACCCCGGCCCGUCAGCCUGAAGACAGACGUCAUCAAGCCGCGAGCACGA